UCAUCCAAAAUGGCGUCUGGUCGAAAAUGCCUCUCAUUUUACGCAUAGAAAAACUAAAUUCACGCGAUGAAAAACUCACUCAAUACUGUUAAAAAUCAACCCACGAGUAGAUAUUAAUGUGGUGGUUUGUGGCUGUAGAAGAAUAAGCACGAGAAUGAAUCAGGAAGCAUUACCAGCGGGCUGGGAGAUGAAGGUUGACCCGAAAAGUGGUCGACCCUUCUUUAUCGAUCAUCAGACAAGAACCACAUCAUGGAACGAUCCCAGAAACUUAAAAUACARUAAAGUUAACAUGGAUCCAGACAUGGUAAGGUCAAUGCAAGGGCCAGAAAGUCCCAUGGAACAUCCUCAGAACGCAUCUAGCAUUCAACUACAAACUCUAACUUCAAGUAUGCUACAGUUUAACUUAAACCAGAAUAAGCAACAACCUUAUUAUGUGACUUCAAUGGAAAAACCACAAAUUUACCAAGAUCCUCAUGCGUACAUACCAGUACCUCCGCAAGAGAAUAGAAGCAAUGGUGCAGGUUUCCAAGGMAACCAGUAUUCCUCACCUGAAACUUAUCGAAAGACACAGCCAAUGAAUAAACAUCUGAAACUUGAUCAACAAMGACCAUGUUUUGAUUUACCUCACUCAAACUUUCAAGCCUGGCUUAAUGUCAACCAUCCUCAGUCAUCAACGAGGGAUAAUAUUGGAACAAACAGUCGAUUUGRUACUAAUUAUACAUCUGCUGCUAAUAACAGUGAAUCUGAGGGGAAAUUAAAACAAUUUAAUGCUAACAGUUAUGUAAAAGAUGAAGGAAAAUCACCAGCAACUCAUUAUGAUCAAGGCCCAAAAGAGUAUACUCACCAGUGGCAGCUGAAGGAUUCUAAUUCCCAUUUACAAWAUAAAAACAUUUUGCCAUCACAUUUGAUGCAGCAGCAACCACAAAGCCCCUCGCAAGUGCACUAUAGAGCUCCUGAGUUCCAAACAGGGUAUCCCCAAGGGCAGCCACACCCAAGUUACCCCCAGCCACAAGGAUUCACACCAMAGGGUAACCAGUACCCACCACAAAGUGCUGGAAGCAUGCCUGCUAUGCCAGUGCAGUCAUAUCAAUCCACAUCAAUACCAAAUAACCCUGGCAGGCCAGCACAGCAGCAAAGUGAUCAAGGCUCCAUGCAAAUGUCUUAUGAUAUAGGUCCAGUGUCAAAUAMCAGAGAAAACCAAAAUCCUUCAGUAUCUGUAAGUCAAGCUAUACCUCCUGSACCWUACUCUCAGCACCAGGGACAGCAGUAUCCUACAUCAAAUGGCUUUUACAUUCCAAAUCACCCUGGACAAAUGCCUGGUCAACCACCUAASAACAGACMAGGAAACCAGGACAACACACCAGUUACUGGACAAUCAGUUACCACACCAGUGACUGGACAUGCAGUCAGGAGCGAAAAUAUUCCCUGGGGUUACCAAGGAAUGAUGCCUGGACAGCAUAACCAGGGGAAUGGGCCAGUGCUUGGAUAUUCUGGCCAAAGCGACUCUCACGGGCCACAGUCAGAGCUCUCAUCUAGAGACAACUCCAUACCACAGCAACAAUAUGGAUUUAGACCUCAAGGUCCCAUGAAUGAACCACAGCAAACCAGRAUGGGUCAAGGAUUUUCUCUUGGUGGGGGARGUCCAACCACAGAAGACGGUCAAAGGUCACCAAGACAUAGUGUAGAAAACCAACAUGCUGAUCAAAGUCCUAUGCCAACCCCACCUUCAACACCCCAGCAGUACUUACCAGGAAAUAUGGUGGGAAUGACACAUGGGCAGGAACCAUUCCCAGGAAGUGAUCGUUCUCCAAAUGUCCAAAACCUUCCUGGGCAACAAUCUGGACCAUCGAMAACAUACCAUCAAGRUUACAUGCAAUAUCAAGAACUAAAUAGACAACCAGUGGCUACCUCUGCAGGUUAUGGUCAACAAUCAUAUAGAGAUCAAGGAGGAAUGGCCCAGGCACCUAAUCAAGGUUCAGGAUCAGGCAAUAUGCCGCAACCRCAAACCAUGGAACCAGGAAACGUGCCUCCACAUAUGUCCAUGAAAUCAGGAAACAUGCCUCCUCCUGGACCAAUGGGACCAGGAAAUGCAGGUCCCAAUCAAAGCAUGGGCCCAGGAAAURCACCACCUAACCAAACCAUGAGAAAUAUGUCACCUAACCUACCUGUAGGAUCUGGAAAUAACCAAGGUGUGGGACCAGGAAAUAUGACUCAAAAUCAGUCCAUUGCUCAAGCAAAUGCUCCUUACAGACCCUUUGRAUUUGGAAAUGUGACAACCAGUUACAUCUCAGGACCAGGAAACAACUCACCUAGUGGACCCAUGGGACCAGGUAACAUGCCACCAAACCAGUACAUGGGGCCAGGAAAUGUACCAGUAAGUGGACCCAUGGAAACAGGUAACAUGUCACCAAACCAACCCCCUGGACCAGGAAGUGAACCAUUUAGGAGACCUGUGGAACCAGGAAACAUGUCUCCUAACCAGUACAUGGGACCAGGAAAUGUACCAUUUAGUGGAUCCAUUGGAUCAGGGAACAUGUCACCAAACCAACCCCCUGGACCAGGAAGUGAACYAUUUAGCAGACCAGUGGAACCAGGAAACAUGCCUCCUAACCAGUACAUGGGACCAGGAAAUGUACCAGUGAAUGGACCUAGGGGACCUGGAAACAUUCCACCAAAUCAACCCCUUGGGCAAGAAAAUGUACCAUUUAGCGGAUCCAUGGUGUAUCAGAAUAUGCCACCCAACCAAUACACUGGACCAGGGAGCAUGCCACCCAAUCAAUCAUCUGGACCAGGAAGCAACCCACAAAUUGGUUCCAUGGGACCAGGCAAUAUGCCACCCAACCAAUACAUGGGACCAGGGAGCAUGCCACCCAAUCAAUCGUCUGGACCAGGAAACAACCCACAAAGUGGUUCCAUGGGACCUGGAAAUAUGUCACCUAACCAGUACAGUGUACCAAGAAAUGUACCAGUUAGUGAACCCAWGGGACCAGGAAAUAUGCCACCCAACCAGCAAGCAAGAAAUGGGAACACCCAACAAAUACCUUCAAGUCACCCUGGAACGUAUCCCAUGGUAUCAUCAGCCAACUAUCCACAACAGUCAACUGCCCAGGGAACCAGUAGUGUCAGUCAGMCAUCCAGCAGCACUGGAUUAUAUCCUCCAUUACCAUCAUCUACUGGAAUCCCUCAACAAACAGAUAAUGUAUCUCAGCGACCAAAUCAACCUGGGGUAUAUCCUGGUUAUAGUCCAUCUAGUCAACCUGGGGGUUAUCCUAGUGGAUAUCCACAGUAUAGGUACCCUCAAGGUCCCAAUCAGCCACGGGAAUAUCCACUUACUAAUGUACCUACAAGUUAUCAUCAACAGCAACAUUAUCAUCAUCAACAACWACAACAACCCUCAGAAACUCGACAUCAAACUAGCCAUGAAUCUAACGAAUCGAAUAGAUAUCCUAAUAAAACAAGUCAUGGAUCCAACCAAUCACGUGGCUAUACCAGUCAAAACCGUUAUGAAUCCAAUCAAUCAUCUACUCAGCCACCCUCAUCUGUUUAUCCCACUAAUACUUCAAGAACUUAUAGUGCUCAUGAAAAUAAGAUUAAGAAAGCAAGGAUUGAAGCCAUUGAUAGAAUAUUAUGUAUGGCAGAAGAGAUGGAGCCCAAAGUGCUAGCAUUCAAUGGAAGGAGAGGUGAUAAAGAGUUCCUGACGAUAGAGGAACAGUUGACCAGAUGYAUUUUAGAACUUGAUAAAAUUCAGACUGAUGGAAUAGAAGACAUUCGCAGUGCACGGAAAUCUUCUAUUCGCCGGGUUCAAAGUUUGAUUGACACUUUAGAAGGAAAGGCUUAAAAUUUUUAAAGAAUAGAUAGUCCCUGCAUGCUUGGGUGCAAUGUAAGAACAAACUUAGGGGUGCAUACUAAAAGUUAAACUUAAGGUACGAAUGAUUUUAAAUGGACAAUAUCUGAACAAUUUGGCCUAUCAAUUGAGAUAAUCAGUAUUAUCAUAGGUUACUCACUACAGCUAGGCUGUAAAGAGGACAUUGUGCUCUUUUAGGGGUGGUUUGAAACAAAAUAAAUCAUCAAAUUUUAGUUUCUAAUUAUAAAUAAUACAUAGGAACUAGUGUAUAGGUUUUGUGCUAUGUAUACACUUGUAUAGAAGUUUGAGAAAAUGAAAAGAGCUCAAACAAAUAAUGAAGCUGUUUGGGGUGAGGCUGGACCGUCUGAUCAUCCAUGCCUCCCAGCUAUAGGCAUUGUAUAAAUCAAUAAGCAUUUAAAAAGAAAAUCAAAUUAAUUGGUUAACAAGGCUGGUUCCUUAGAUAUCAAAUAACUACAAUACUAUAAAAGGUGAAUCUGACAUCCAAGGAUCAGAUUUUAAUCAAUCACUCUCAUAAAUUGCACUUCAUAAUAUUAUUCAGGUAGUCAUGUACAUCUAGCCUGCAUAGCAGUCCACUUUGGCCAACUCGUCUCCAGAUUUGGGACACUGCCAUCUUUCAACCUCAUCUCCAUUUGCGGCAGCCAUGUUUACUCUAAUGGGAAUGAAAACUUUUGUUUGUAAUGACCCACAUAAAUUUAUUCUCAAGAACUUGAAUGUGAGGCUACGCAUGGGAAAAUCUAUUUUUCCAGGCAACAUGGCUGCUGCAUGAGUAAACUAAGAGGACUGUAGGCUCUUGUGGACAAGAUUCUUGGCAGAAUUGUCUUUUGCAGUUGAUAUAUUUCUAAACAAUAGCUCUGCUGAAAAUGAUUGAUAAAUGAUUAUACUUGAGGUUCUAUAUUAUUGCACCAUAUUGAAAUAAAGUUAUAUUUAAGAUAAAA